UUUCAGAUAAUUCCUAAUCAAACUGAGGUAUGAGUGAAGAAAUAGACGAAAAUACGAUGAAAGAAGAGCAAGAAGAAGAAGAAAGAGAUGAAAUCGAAGAAAAAGAAGAGAAACCAGAUGCACAACAACAAGAGCUCCUUAAUAUUCGAAUUCCAACGCAAACCAAAAAAUCGCUUAAGCGCAAGCACAUCAAAACAGACUUCGGCGCAGAAGAUCUCGAUGAAAAUGUGUUGGAAGCCCAGCGACUCGAGAAGCAACGUCUAGAACGUUUGGAGAAAAUCAAGCCUGAAAAUGAUCAUAUUCAACAAAUGGAAUCAUUGUUUCUUGCUGGAGCCAGUGAAGGGCAACUUCCACAACUUGAUCUCCAAGACGAUGAUUUUGAAGAGAUGUUUGGAUUUAGUGUGGAAAAUGAUAAUAAAAAAUAUCGUUAUGGAGAUGAAGAGAAGCCUGAGCCAAUGUUUCAUCUACAGGAACCUUCUACAUCGCGUGGUCAUGUUGAUGUUGUGGAUUUGACGUUGGAUGAUUCAGAUGAUGACUGCUUGAUAACUGAUGUUAAGUCGGUUAUGCCUCAAGUCGUACCUGGUCGAAGAAUGAGGUGGGCACAAGCUGAGAAAGACAGGAUAGACGCCGAUCAAAUGGACAUUCAACAUAAUAUUGAAGCACGACGGUUGAAGAAAAUGAGAAGUGCAAAGGAUUUGGAGAGUACUGAAAAGAAAGAAGGUCGAUUACUUGUUAAUGCAGGACAUCCUGAAGAAGAUCCGGACAUAUUUGUGAUAUCUCAUCUGACACAUGUGUUACAGCCACAUCAACUUGGAGGAAUCCGUUUUAUGUAUGAUAACACAAUUGAAUCUCUCGGAGAAUACAAAAAAUCUGAUGGUUUCGGAUGUAUACUUGCGCAUUCUAUGGGUCUCGGAAAAACCAUUCAAGUCAUCACAUUUUCGGAAAUAUUUUUGAGAGCAACAAAAGCGAAAAAAGUGCUCGUUAUUGUUCCCAUAAACACUAUUCAAAACUGGUAUUCGGAAUACGAUAAGUGGAUUCCAAAAUUCUCGGAUACCGGUGACCGUAUUCGAAGUUUCGAAGUAUUCUUGCUGGGUGAUGGUGUCAAGACAUUUGAUCAACGGGUUAAUUUGAUUGAACAAUGGGAUCAAACGGGCGGUGUGAUGCUUGUUGGCUACGAUAUGUUCCGUCUUCUUAUCAAAAUGACGCUUCCAAAAAAACAGAAAAAAGGAAGGCCAAAGCUGAAUUUAUCUGGAAUUUCUUCAGGUUUUUCAAAAGAUUCUUCUGAAGAUCAGAAGCUGAGAGAUGAAGAAUUAGAGUUUGAAACUGGAUUUACAAGUGGCGGAAGAGUUAGACAAGAGGCCUACAGUUUGAUCCGAAGUGCACUUCUUGAACCAGGACCAGAUCUUGUUGUAUGUGAUGAAGGUCAUAAAAUCAAGAACAUCACUGCUGAAAUCUCAAUGACACUUGGAGCAAUUAAUACAAAACGGCGCAUUGUGUUGACUGGAUAUCCUCUUCAAAACAAUUUGCUCGAAUAUUUCUGCAUGAUUGAUUUUGUUCGGCCGAAAUAUCUUGGAACGCGGAAAUCAUUCAUUGAUCGAUUCGAGAAACCUAUCAAAAACGGACAAUGUGUUGAUUCUUCGCCGGAUGAUGUGAAAAUAGCACUACAACGAACUCACGUGCUUGUGGAAUUAGUGAAGGGAUUUGUUCAACGAAGAACACAUCAUUUACUGAAAAAGAUUCUACCUGAAAGCAAAGAAUAUGUGUUAUUGCUCAGGAAAAGUCAAAUUCAACGCCAACUUUAUCGAAACUUUGUAUUAUGGGCGAAAAAUGAAAUAGCUGCAAAUAAUGAUGCAGUGUUCAACCCGCUAAUGGCAUUCUCCGCAUGCUCAAAAAUUUGGAAUCAUCCAGACAUUCUGUACAGGCUUGUAGAACAGAAAAAGAGAGCUGAAGAGGAUAAAAAGAGAGUGGAGCAAAUGAAAUUUGCACAACUUCAGCAGCAACAACAACAGCAACAACAACAGCUUCAGGGAAUGAUGAUGAUGGGAAAUAACGGUAUGAUGCCGGGAUUUGGAGCACAAUUUCAUCCACAACAAAAUGGAAUGAUGAUGCAGAAUGGUUCAUGGCAUCCGAAUAACUACCAAAUGCCAUCUCCAUUCAAUUCAAUCCCCUCGAAUCCUUCAACACCGACUUCAUCUUCCACUUCUAAAUCUGCCAAGAAAACCAAAAAACCAAGAGGAUCGAAAAAAGCACCGAAAAGUGAUGAAGAGGACGAGGAAGUUGAAAAGGAAUCUAGAAUGAAAUAUGACUGGACAUUUGAACUUUUCGAAAAAUAUCAGGAAGGAGUUCUAGAGAACGGAUAUAAGAUCGUCAUUUCGCUUGAAAUUCUGGAUGAAUCCACUCAAAUUGGAGAAAAAAUUCUGAUUUUCAGCCAGAACUUGACUGCUUUAGAUAUGCUAGAGGAGAUACUCAAAAAACGACAAAUCCGUGGAAAAGAUGGUCCUGGUCAACGAUGGGAGAAGAAUAGAAAUUAUUUACGAUUGGAUGGAACGACUAGUGGUGCUGAUCGAGAAAAGCUUAUCAAUCGCUUUAACUCAGAACCAGGGCUUUCGUUGUUUUUGAUUUCCACUAGAGCUGGAUCGUUGGGUAUUAAUUUGCCAACAGAUGCAUUAUCAUUGACGCUUGUUGGAAUCCUUGUCACGAUGCUCAAGCUGUAUGUCGUGUCUAUCGAUAUGGUCAACAGAAGAAAACAUUUGUUUAUCGUCUUAUUAUGGAUAACUCAAUGGAGCGAUCGAUUUUCAAUCGACAAAUUUCAAAACAUGGACUACAACAAAGAGUAGUUGACGAUGCACAAGUUGAUGCAAAUAUUUCGCAAAAAGAAUUGGAGACUCUUCUAAUGUAUGAUGAGGCACAAGAUGUUAAUCAUGACAAAUGGAAUACAGAUGAUUGGGAUUUCGGAGAUCCGGUUCUAGACUCAAUCACUAAGAGAAUGAGUCAAAUGUUUGCCGGGAAACCGUUCCUUCAUGAAACCUUGAUAAUGGAGUCAGAGCAAUCACUCAGCGAGCAGGAAAAACGAGAAGCUCAAUUACUUUUUGAUAGAGAACGACGUAUGGAGAACUAUGAUCCAUUGAGUGGCCUGAGCAGUUCUAACUUUUAUAACAAUGCUCCUGGAAGCUCAAUGGGAAUGAUGGGUCCACCACCAGUUCCGAUGUUCAAUAAUAACAUGCAAAAUAGUUUCAAUAAUCAUUGGCAACAAUCUCCUAAUCAGCUUGCACCCAAUUUUGGAUCUUAUCCACCACAGCAAUUUCCACAACCGAUGCCAAACAUGUCACAAUUUCCACCUCAUGGACCAUCACCUCAAAUUCCAUCAAUUCGUCCAUCACCAAUGCCUCACACGCUUCGAAUGAAUGUCAGUCAAUUCCAUCACCAAGGAGGUGGUCAUACGAUGACGUCAUUCAACAAUGGCUAUCCGAAUAAUAACAAUGGAGGAGCUAUAGGAAACCCUCAACAAAUGCUUCCUCCAAGAGAUCCAUCAGCUUUUCCGGGAGCUGUUAUGAGCAAAAUACCAUCAUUUUCCCCGGCUGGAGCAGUUCAACAAUUGAUUACUGAUAGACAACUCGUUUUUCCCAUUGUCGGACAUAGAGAUCAGCUUCAUCAGGUUCAGGCAAAUACACCAAUACAGUUAGUUGUUCCGAAAAAUGGAUAUUAUGUGAAACUACGUGAUGGAACAAUUCUUGACGCUGUCGGAAGUGUUUUUGAGAAUCAUGCCCGUCAGCUUCGUGAUAUGUAUCUAAGCAAAAAUUUCAACCAUGAUCCGCAGCAGGUUCAAGAAGUCAUCGAUCUUGAUUAACAACGUCUUGCAUUUUUUUCUUUUGAUGUACAUUUCGUUUUUUAUCAUAUAAAAUACAACAUCUAUCUCAAUGCAACAUCCAAUGAGAUCUCUGAUAAUUCACUAUCAUUUUACUCAAUUAUUUUUCCUCUUAUAGAGGCUCCUAAAUUAAUUUUAGGCAAGUUUCGAAUUUCCACAUUUCAACUUUGUCCACACUCUUCCCUUUUAUCAUUAGUAUGUCAAUUAAUUAAAUUUUUCUGUUUUUUCCAACACAGUAAUCAGCUCCGCUGUUCGGCAAGCUGCCAAUUGUGUUUUAUACGCCUUCUCUUUUAAUUUAAUGAAUAAAUACGAAUAAUAUUUAAA